AUGCUUCGCUCCUUGAGGGCAUCUAAAGCGCUUAAGCAAACGCGGAUCAAUGCAGGAUCUGCCAAGUCUGCAGCUGUGCUGCGUGCAGCUGCCUUCUCGACGUCGGGCGCCCGGUGCCAGGCUACGCCUUCGCCUGAGCCGCCCAAGCAAGUGAAAUUGUUUGUCGAUGGAAAGGAGGUCGAAGUUCCAUUGGGCAAAGGUGCUCCCAAGCCGCUUGCGUCAUGUGCCUUCCCCGCCAUGCCUGGCCAGCAGAUCUUCACAGACUCACCUGUUGUGGCAAAGGCUCGCGAGGGUGUAAUGGAGUUCCUGCUGAUGAACCACCCUCUGGAUUGCCCUAUUUGCGACUGGGGUGGCGAAUGUGAUCUACAGGAUCAAUCCAUGCGCUACGGUUCCGAUCGCUCGCGAUUCCACGAGAUUGGUGGCAAGCGCGCCGUGGAAGACAAGUACUUUGGCCCGCUUGUCAAGACUGUCAUGACACGCUGCAUUCAGUGUACCCGCUGUGUGCGUUACGCGAACGAAGUUGCCGGUGAGGACGAUCUUGGCACCACGGGCCGUGGCAACCAGCUGCAGAUCGGCAUGUAUAUCGAGCGCAUGAUGACCUCGGAAAUGUCCGGUAACGUGAUUGAUCUCUGCCCUGUGGGUGCAUUGACCGCACGUCCCUAUGAAUUCCGCGCACGCCCGUGGGAGCUGAAGAAGGUCGAGUCGGUUGAUGUGCUCGAUGCCGUCGGUUGCAACAUCCGUGUCGAUGCGCGCGAUCUCCAAGUCAUGCGUGUGCUUCCGCGCACCAACGACGAUGUGAAUGAGGAGUGGAUUAACGAUCGUACUCGUUUUGCCAUCGAUGGCCUCAAGUACCAACGCCUCACCACUCCUCUCAUCCGCCAAGGCGACCGCUUUGUUGCCGCCUCAUGGCCAGAGGCACUCGAGACGAUCGCCAACGGUCUCACAAGCAGUGGCGCACAAGGCGACGAAAUCCAAGGCGUUUCCGGUGCGCUUUGCGACGCCGAGUCUAUGGUCGCGCUCAAAGACAUGAUCAACCGCCUUGGUUCAGAGAACGUCAUCACUGACGAGCCGCGCGGCGAAUCUGCGCCUGUACACGGCGUGGAUAUUCGCUCCAACUACACGUUUAACUCGCGCAUUGUAGGUCUGGAAGAGGCCGACUAUGUGAUCCUGAUUGGCACCAACCCCCGUCACGAAGCGAGUAUCAUCAAUGCGCGCAUUCGCAAGAGUUACUUGCAGCACAACCUCGACAUUGCAGUUAUCGGCGAGCCCGUCGAUCUCACAUACGACUACGACCAUCUUGGCACAGACGCCAAGGCUGUCGCGGAUCUUGCCGCGGGCAAAGGCAGUGGUGCCGAGCGCUUGAAGCGUGCGUCCAAGCCGCUCGUCAUUGUUGGCAGCGGUGUUGCCGAUCACCCUGACGGUGCUGCAAUUCUCAAGAACGUCGCAAAACUUGUCGUGGACAACCAAGACAAGAUGCUGACUUCCGAAUGGAACGGUUUCAACUUUUUGCAGCGCAGUGCGGCGCGUGCUGCCGCGCGCGAUAUUGGCUACACUGGCUCGCCUGCUACGGAGGGCUUAAAGCCCAAGUUUAUGUACUUGCUCAAUGCCGACGACAUAACCGCGCAAAAGAUUCCCCAAAACGCGUUUGUCGUUUACCAAGGCCACCACGGCGAUGUCGGCGCGCAGUUUGCCGAUGUGUGCUUGCCCGGCAUGACCUACACAGAAAAGGCAACCUCCUAUGUUAACACGGAAGGCCGUGCACAGAUUACGCGUCCCGCUGUUUCUGGCGCCGGCGCAUCGCGCGAGGAUUGGAGGAUUUUGCGCGCGCUUUCCGAGGUUAUCGGUGUGCCGCUUCCGUAUGACAGUGUUUUGGGCGUGCGCGACCGCAUGUUUGAAAUUGCGCCUUCCUUGGUGCGCUACGACCAUGUCGAGUUGACUUCGGCGGAAGUGGCCAUGCUGGGGUUGCAGCAGAUGGCUGCUGCGUCGGACAAUGCGCUUGGCACGCCACUCCGCAACCCUAUUGAGAACUUCUACCAAACGGACCCUAUUUCGCGAGCGUCGCCGACCAUGGCCAAGUGCGUGCAAGCGUUUAUCGAAAGGAAACCCACAUUCCAAGAGAAGUUUGCUCAAGGACACGCACCCGCUGCGCCAUAA